CGUCUUCCCAUGUGUGUAGGCACGUAGAUACGCGAACGGAAUAUCUGCCUGGCGUCUAUUCAUCCACCAGCCACGCCACGGGUCGGAGAGAGCGAGUAUUGCACGUCGCAAGUGUAUGACCGGCCGCCAUCAUUUAGCUAGCAGACCUAUUGUGCGAAUUCUGACGGGGCCAUACACGGGAUCACGCGCGUCUCUAGCCUCGGCACAUUGAUUCAACCGAGCCUCCUCAACAACAGCUACAACCAAAGCUACAACUACAGCUGCAGCUACAGCUACGCCUACGGAAACCGAUCACCUUGACCACGACAGAUUUGGCCGUAAUUAAAAUAUCCUCUUUUCACAAAUUGCUCCGACACAUAGACGGCCGUUCUCUUGUGCUACUGUUUGCGCACGCGUUGAAAGAGUUUCGGCCGUAGCGAUACGAAUCCAGUCUUAUACACCAAAUCCGCCAUCACUUUGGCUUUUUCGCGGCAGUCUGGUUCCUAAGGGUCGGAAGUUCCCCAAAAAAAUCCAAAGAAAACCUUACUUAUUAGCUUUCCGAUACGCACGCCCCGCGAUUGAAUCCGAUAGCCUAGCAACCGUACUAGCAAUGCCAUACAAUUCCCAAAUCCUCAUGUCUGGAACUUUUCAUCUUGACCUGCCGCAGGGUAGCGGCGGUCGAGGCACUUCCUUUUCGGCCGUGCAUCCGGGCAUCUUCCAACCUCCGACCUCACCAUCCGUAUCGAGUUCGGUGUAUCUCGGUAGAUCUACUGGAAGCUUGCAAUCAGAGACACUUACGCCAAUCUCAACAGCCAAGAGAAAACGCAUAGGGCCCAAGGAAUCGACACCUCUCCGUGACUGGGGAAUGGCGACCGAUACAGACGACAUUAUCGGCGAUCGCUAUGACUUCGACUUAAAUACCUGUGGGCAAGACCGGCGAUACGUAUUAGCUGGUCAGAUAGACACUCCAGAUGGAGGUAUUCAAAGAGAGCUUGGGUGCCUUGAAGACAGUGUGUAUUCUGAUGUCGACUAUAGGCGUGCCCUUGGACCGAAACAGCCCUAUAACGGCUUUGUCGACUCUCCUGAGUUGAGGCCCAUGGAAAUCGACUCGAAUAAUGACGGCUCGGGUGGAUGGAGUGCCUUUGCAAUCACUACGAUCGGUGGUGUCGUUGGCAGAGUAUGGCAAUUUUGCAAGACUGGAUCGUUCCGUGGCUUCUAUGCUGGAGGUGGCAUAGGAUACGAGAUGUCAAAAGCAGUGGGCCAACCACAAGCGGCUGGGCACAUGGGAGCUGAUGGAUAUAGAGCCAGCGUCGGUAUUCACGGACACGAGCCCAGCCUCCUUGACGGAAAUCAGCUGCAGUCUGAUUACUAUGAACACGGGACGCCAGAGUCGACGCCUCCCCCACCGGCGAAGCGAAGACAAAUCUCACAUGGCACACCAACUGAUGAGCUACGGAAGAACUGGGUCAUGAUUGAUGAGCCAACUAACGUGAAUCGACAGUCAUCCCUUGCAUCACGAGCGUCGUCACGCCAACCGGUACAGCGAACGACAGCACCGUCACUUGUUCGUCGCAUCAGCAAGCCUGUAAGCCGCCUCAACGCUCCGAACUUCAACCGUCACCCUCCUUCCCGACCGAGUUCUGCUAGCGCCGGCCCCAUCUCGAGCCGCGAAUCGGCAAGCUUCGCGUCGACUAGGUCUCCAAUCGCGUCACCGGUUAUCACAUCACGCACCCCUAGUAGAAUCCCUGUGGCCUCUCGGGCACAGUCCCCCAGUACAUUUGGAGGCAGUCAGUUUGCGCCACAGCCAUCUCGGAUACCGAGCCCUAGUCCCUAUGCAAAGCGUAGUCACAGGAGGAGCCAGAGUGCUGUGUCGGCCUCAGCGGUCUCACCAAUGAAGAUGAAGAAAAGAGAAUCGCUGCAUGAGAUGCACGAUAACAGCCCAAGACUUGAUGCUAAGGCUAGAAGCCUUGCAGCCAAACGAAUGCAGAAUGAGAUGGAGACUGACAUGCGUAUCAAUGACUUCAACAGCCGGCUGAGAGAUAUGAUCCGUCAGGGCAAAGAGGCCUUAGGUACAACGUAUGAAGUGGAGUCAGACAACGAUUAUGGGCACGGAGGAGACCCCUGGGAAAGCGAAUGAUGAGUCUCAUCGUGGAAUACUAACUCCGGAUGCUUAGCUGGAUGAGUAUCUCAAACAAAACCCUUGGCUAAUAUUUCUUUUCUGGCGAUCAUACUCACUCUGUCACCCUGAUACCCCAUGAAAUGGUCACUUUCGAUUGCCCCUAAAAUUUGCGCCUCAAGUCCCCUGAUCAAGGGGCUCUUGUAUAUACAAUCUUGUCAUGACUUGAUGAUUCGAUGUUUACGUCUUCUCUCUGAGGCAUCCACUCACCAACCAAAGUUGAUGCUUUGCUCCUCUUGUAUGAUACACUUUUUAUUUUCUCACGAAAACACUCUUUUUGCUGUACACAUCUAAAAGACGGAUCGGAUCCUCUUUCCCCACGGAUGGGUUUUUAAUUUGGCGGAUAGUCUAGUCUAGUCGGCUUUGUUCAACGAGGAUGCCUGAACAUGGUUUCAGUUGGACGAUAAAAAGAUAAUUGAUUGGGAUGCGCUGAUAAUUUGAGAAUA